AAAAAUUACUUAUGUUCAAGAAUCUGAAUUUGAAAACAAAAGAGAUGAAAAGUUAUAUAAGAAUCAAAGUUUUUUAAAUAAUUUGGAAGUUGACGAAACAAUGACUAAUGUAUGUGAUGAAAAAGUGGCUUCGAUUACAGAAAAUAGUGUCGAUGAGAGCCGUACUAGCAGAUGCUACAUAAAUGAGAGUACAAGCUCAUUGGAAUCAUCUUCAUCGUCAACAUUUAUACCUCUUAUUUACAACCGAUGCAAAAAAUUGAUACAAAAUGGAUCAAUUUUGCCUCCUUUAAGAUUAUCUAUGCAAAACAUUAAAUUGAUCAAUACAUGCCCAAUUGACAGUAUUAUCGAACUCUUUAAUGCGGCUUACUGUUUUCAAAGUUCAUUUAAAGAAUUAGUUUUUGAAAUACUUAUGUCACAAAAACCACAUGAUGAUAUUUUUGAAAUUCUAGACAAACACAGUAAAUCUUACUCUAGGAAUGUUUAUUAUACCGAAAGAAUGGAAUACUGUAAAUCUCAACCGAAGAUAUAUUCACAAACUGAAACACCCGAGUGGCUUUUAAUUGAUUGUAAAGACAAAGUUGUCCGUUUGUUUGAAAAAGUGAUGGCAGAUAAUUAUUGUGUACAAAAAACAAUUAAAUGCUUAUGUAGUUAUGAAAACACAUAAAAAUAUAACGGACAAACAGUGAACAUAAAUUUUAAAAUGGAUGGAAAUUUAAUUAGUGAGCGAACAUUACUUACAAACUUUUUUCGAAAAAAAAAUAAAAAAUGCUACAAAUGCACUAUUAGAGAAGCAUCAGUAAACUACAAAAUAAAGAGUUACUUUUGUGUUGAAUUAGAGACUGAUUUUCUCUAUCAUAGACACAUGGAGUGUAAUCUGAAUAGCAUUCCUAUAAGUUUAAAUCUUUGCAAUGAAGAAUACAAUUUAGUUGGUCUUAUAGCGUUUGAUCAUGGUAGUGAUAUGCUACAUUAUUAUACAUUCAUCAGAUUGAACGAUGGACAAUGGGAAGAACUAAAUAAUUUGAAAAACAACAUUAUAUGUCAUUCAAAAGGAAGCAAAAUAAAAGUCAGACCAGCUUUAGUGUUUUACAAGAGGAAAAAUAUUUAUAAAAGAAACUUAUUGACGUAUUAAUAAAUCAAAAGUACCAUUUCGGAUAUUUUGAAGAAAAUUUGAAAAGCGUUGGUACAUAUUUAAUAGUUCUUCUUACUUUUUGGCAAUAAGUAGGUUCAUAUCGCUAUCACUUGAUGCUGGAUUAUAAUUAUGUAUCGCACGUAUAUUGUAUACAGUAUAUUGUAUUUAGAAAAGUUUUUGGUUAAAAUGUUUGAUAAAUUUGUAAUAAAAGCUUUCCAAAAGAACUGAUAAAAUCAAA